UCAGAUUCCAAAAUUAAAGAUGUCAAAACGAUUUCAGUUUCCCAAUGGACUUACCUUUUGGCAAUGAACUACCAGAACUUGACGUACUUAUAGUGGGCGCUGGUCUGUCCGGGCUAACCUCCGCAGUCAAAAUACUAAACAAAGUCGAUACGCUAAAUGUGAAAAUUAUUGAAGAGGGCUCGAUGCCCGGCGGCCAGCUUAGCUCCGAGGGAAAUCGCUUUGUGCAACAGGACCAGUCGGAGCUAAUAGCCUUCUUGACACAACUGAACGUGGCAGUCAAUGAGCGUAAGGAGUCCGACCGAAAUGAAUCGUUGAAUCGCUGUUGGGAACUGGACCGUGGUCUAACAUCGACUCUAGCUAAAUUUGAGCUUUGGCGUUAUAUCCAUAUGCUCGAUCUGCGCAUGAAUAAGUUCGACUCUCGUUAUAAGUAUCGCACCCGAAUCCCAACGAUGGAGCGUCAUAUAUGUCAGAAUCUGUUCUUCAGUCUGUCCCGGAAGUUUAUGUACAAUCUGGUUACGUUGGCCUCCGGAGUGUCGGCCAAGGACAUUAAGUACGACGAGUUUAUGUGUCUGUGUAGCACGUCGGGUGGACUGAGUGUGCUAGUUGAUCUCUAUCUCACCAUGCCGAAAUCCCUGUUGAGCUUGUCCUGUAGGUCUCUGCUGCGAGCGUUGCUCGAAAAGUUGAGGCACAAUGAGAUCCAGUACGAUGCGAAGGCCAUUAAGGUGCAACACUUCAAGAAUUAUGUGCUGGUCACCGACUCAACUGGCCAAAGGCACAUAGCCCAGGCCGUCAUCCUGGCCAUACCUUGGAACAAGGUGGAGUCCUUGGAAUUCGAGCCACAGCUACCCAGACACUACCGCACAAUCGGGCGGGGCAAAGCUAAGCGGCAAACGGGUCAGAUAACUCAAUUCUUUUUGCGCUACGAUCAUUCGUAUUGGAUAACCCGAGGAUACUCGGGUCUCUUCUUGAACGUCGAUCCAUUUGUGGUGGGCUACGAGAGCAAUUCGUCGCAGUACUCCGGCUACAUGCUGCACACGGAGGAGCAGGCCGGCACCGUGCGAGAUACUGUGCUGGAUGUGCUGGCAGAGCAGUUUGGCGAGGAAAUGCUCGACCCCAUGAACUACAAACAGUUGACUUGCGAGCUAAGCUCCACGCUGCAUAGGCCACAGGUCAAGCCCUGGAAUCGAGUCAUCUGGUCCAGCUCAGCGUCGGCGGCCAACAGCAAUCGCAACCUGAUGGGUGGUGCAGUGGAGAGUGGUUUGAGGGCGGCAAUAAAUGCCUUAUUCGUGAUACGGCCCCAAGUGGUUGGAUGGCAGGACUUGAGCGAUGUUCACGAGAGGAAUCGCUAUGCCGGUGUCAGCACGAGCUACAUUGCGGGGUUGCUCAGUCGCCUCAAUCUGUACAACAUUGCCUACUAUAGCGUCUUUGUGGUUGGUCUGAUCUGUGUCCUCAGCUAUAGCUAUAACCAAUCCGUCUAAGCAAAGCCUAUCCAUAUCUAUAAAAUUCCUUAUAUUGUAGACGUCCAAAAUUCUGUUGACAUUGCGACAUAGUAUCAGGGUAUAUAGUCGGGCACUCGGUCACUAUAUCGUAGAUUAUUUCAUUUACUCGCUAGCGUCCACUGCUGGACAGAUUAGUAUAAAUAUUUUUGCAUAAUUCCCAGCUCGUCUCGUGGGUAAUCAUUCACUUAAAGAGUCGCGUCUCCAGUAAAAAGCGCCAACAAAUUGGAUCCCAUCAAUUUCAAUCAUGCACCAAGUAUUAUAUUUCGGUUUCUUAGAGAUGAGACAGACAUUAUUUAUAUGUAUACCUGUCGCAUCGAGAGUUUUAAGCAUGUUCAAUAAUCAUAUAAAAUCGGAUGCAAUCAAAAUUGUUUAUCUAGAUAAUCCCGCUCAUUUGAACAAAUAUCCUG